GGCUAUGGCUACGAUUCGACCCUGACACCACGUCACUGCUGAACGGAAAUGGGGCUCCGGAGACAUUUUUCAUUGCUGUUGGUUCUGGAAGAGUCCUUUCCCGCCUGCAAGUGACCACAGCCGAGUGCUUCUCCAACUAUCUCGAGGCUGCGGUCACAGGCUUUGGUGCUCCCGCCUCCGGGACCAUUGUGCCGACAGUGAACUGCAGAGCAAGAAACAGGAAGGUUUCACACAUGGACUUUGCGCUGUCGCUGCUCUGGUGUCACACACUGUCGCUGCUGUGCAUCCUGUUGGCCGACACCUUCGGCACCUUCCUGACCGCUCUGGCACCUGCAGUACAGGAUUUUAAUGAUGCGCCUGUUCGUAAGGAGGGAGCGAAGGCUCCGCUUUGGUCGGUCAGCAUGAUCAGGUCAUAAUACAUUGUUCAAAAGGAACAACGGGCUGCAGUAAAUCCUUGUGGGCUUUCUGUGCCACACGGUCUGUUGAUGGCGAAUGCUGAGCGAGAGCACAGUCACCCAUAGGCUGUUUGUCCCUCAUCAGCACAGGAUUGGCGCUGACAAAAUUGAACGCGGAGCAAGAGCCACAGCAGUCCCCAGGCACCGGCUGCCUCUUCAUCAACACCUAUCGUGUUGCACCUGAUGACUGCAAUGCCAUUGUAGAAAAGCUGUGUAGGACCCGAUACACUUAAGAGAAACAAAUAAAUAAAUAAACAGUUUUAUGGUUAUGCGGUUUUAAUGAGAUUGGCUCCAGGAAAUGUGAAAUCCCUUCCUGCCAGUCCAUGUGCCACUUCUGUUCAAUUAGGACUAAUUUGGUUUGAUACUCAUGCUCAUCAUGUCCAGCUUUCCGCUAUAGGCCCCCAGCACCCAGUCCAGGGAACAAGGCUCCGGCUCUCCGGCUGUUGGACACGCCCAUUUUUGCAGGCUCUGAAUGUUCUGAAAGAUCUGAUGCUACGUGUUGAGCCAUGUGCAUCAGACAACACCGAACUUGCUGUGGAACAGCUGGAGCUCAUGAGCUUCUGCAUUGUUUCGUGGAGCAAAGCACUACUUCUCGAUCAUCUUGCCCCAUGAAGCAAUCUGUUGACAUGGUUCAGUCCAAGGGUCAGCGGUUCCAGCGCUCAAGUGCUUUAUCUCUGCACCUUUGAAAACAUGGCUUCGACUCCUCAUGUGCACCCAAUACAAGCAUUCACAUUAUAUAUCCAUCUUGACUUGUACCUUAAUAAAAGAGUGGUUGUCAUACUACUGGCUUUGACAUGUAAGAGUAGUACUAGUUAUCCCUCAUCACUGUUCCUCCCCUUUUGAGGGUACACUUUACCGGACGGGGAGUCAACGGUUAAAGACAUGGUUUUGUCUCUUUCUGUGUGCUCUGCUGCCACCGUGUGUCUCUAACCACAAAUGAACAGGGCAGCACAAGUCAGCCUUCUUCACAGGAUACCGUACUUCAAUAUAAAGUGCAAAGGAUGUUUAUAUUGCAGCAGCCUCUGUCUUUUCCCACAAGAUCCACACGGUGCUCUCCUUCCCUCAGGAGUGUACAUAGUGAUCGGCGCCGGCAGCCUCAUGAUGCUCGUGGGCUUCUUCGGAUGCUGCGGUGCAGUCAGGGAGUCGCAGUGUCUUCUGGGAUCGUUCUUCACUUGCCUCCUGGUAAUCUUCGGUGCUGAGGUCGCCGCUGGGGUGUUUGGCUUUUUAAACAAGGACAAGAUUAUCGAGGAACUACAGAGUUUCUACAGCGAGUCAGUCGACGAAAACAGCAACAGCACCGUCGCGACUGUGUACCACAAAAUUCUCAACUGUUGCGGAAGCAGCACAUCGAACGUGUCCCUUUGCCCAGAAUCGGAGCCCGAACUCCAGAACUGUGAGAUCGCCAUUGCAGAUUUCUUCAACACAAAGCUGUACAUCAUCGGAUAUGUGGGAAUCGGCAUUGCAGGAAUUAUGAUAAUCGGCAUGAUCUUCAGCAUGGUGUUGUGCUGCGCGAUACGAAACAACCGGGAGGUCAUCUAGAGGCCCAUGACCUGCACCCCUAUCCCACACCUCCCCCAACAAUCCCCCCCACCCCUGAACCCACAAAUCCCAGGCAGCGAAACCUCUGUAGUGCAGGCAUCUUCUGGGCUGCGGUCAGGUGGGACGUCGGGUGUCUCCACAACAUUCACAAGCAUUUGCGAGCAUGCCGAUAUGACCGCCACCGGCCUAGUGACGUCAUCCGUUGGUGCCACAACCAGGACCGCAGCUGAGCCCGACUGGCACUCGCCGGACCUCUCCACCACUUCCACUUGCGUCUAAAUUAACGUAUUGACUCAAGUUCUCCUGCCGAAUCCACUUGCUCAUGCACCGUGCUCUUACCACCAUUUGCCGCUGCCAGGGUCCUGCGGCGACGGCUGAUUCAGACCCAGGAAAUUUUUCAUAUUAUAAUUUAGCUACUGAUUGCUUCACACCUCCGGCUUAAUACAGAUAACUUUUAUGGGUUAUGAUUUUGUUCCCAUUCACUUGUCAAUCAGAAGGUGCUUCCUGUUUUCUCUGAUAUACGGAUCAAUAAUUCAAUGCCCCUGCUCUCCACGAAGCCAUGCUCAGUAGAGACUUGGCUGCUCCAGCUUGAGCUCUCAUGACAUUUCCAAACAUCACCAUGGCCACAAGCCCAGGUUCGUGGGCAGCUGCUUUGAGAACCAAGCUGGUCUCUCCUUGCAGCUAGAGAGUCCAUAGGGUGCAGCUGGGAACAGGUGUGCCAAGUCGCAUCUCCUGUAGUUUAACGCACCAGUGGAGUGGAGGGCGAUCCUGUAGAUACCGGAGAGGCAACUUCAUCUCCUUACAGGUCAAAACGCUUUUGAAGCAACGCCGCUGUAAGAAAUUCCCUAAAGUCCUAAAGACGCUCGUAACUCUCACUGUUCCUGGAGUCUCACUGUAUAAAAGAUGAAUAAAAGUUAGAGAAUCAAAUUAAUAUUUGAAAAUUUCCCUGCUGAGACUUUUCAAAUCGCUCAUCAAUUCUCUAGCUGCCAACUGAAGCACAAUAUACCAAUUAGUUACCUUAUAACACUUGUUUAAUUCUGCUGAAAAGUGGUGACACUUUUCGUAUAUAUAUAUAUAUAUAUAUAUAUACACACACACACACACAUACAUAUAUCGAAAUCUUUUUCUCCAGUCUUUAUGUGUAUCUUCGCCCUUUAAUGAGCAGAACAGAAAGGUAGAUGUGUGCCAUCCCUGCACUUGUCCAAGUUGCAAUUUCGCCAAACUAAAUUGAGUUUACUACUCAUUACUAGAAGAAAAUGCUGAUUCCGCCGCAGCCGUUGGAAUGGCUUGCUGAACUGACCCGACGCCAUAGGUGCCAUAAUGAGCAGCUCCGUCCUGUCCAGCUGCAGCAUCAUCAGCCAUGAAAGAGAUGUGCAAAUAUUUGUUUUUUUUUUUUCUUUUUAAUGUUUCUAUAAAACUCCUCCUCUGGUGGCUAAAGGGACAGGACAGGACAGAGCGCAGCCCAACAUCACCACAAACACAUUACAGUACUGUACAUGUUUGCAGCGACAAGAUAUUGUAUCCUGUAGCGUCACGUUGUCUUCAGCAGCUCCUGGAGACGCUGAGCAGGAGCUUCGUCCAGGGUGACAAUACGAACGAUGAACAAGAGCCUGCCUACUGUACUUGAUUACAGUACAACCCUACAUGGAUCUCGUUAAUUUAUUUUAACAUGUACUUGAUGUCAUUGAAAGUUAAGUAGUGUUGAGGCUUCUCAGAAGUUUAAAUGUCAGAACUAAUAAAAUUUUGUAGAAUUACUUUA